AUGGAGAAAAACACACAACAAUUACAUAAAAAACAUCAUUUUAGAGCUUCUAAAACUCCAUUACUCAUGCAACAACAUUGUUGUCUUUUCCUUUUCAUCUUCACCAUGUUUACUACUAAAACCACCCAAGCUUUUGAUUAUGGUGAUGCCCUUUCAAAGAGUCUUCUCUAUUUUGAAGCACAACGUUCAGGGAGGUUACCUUAUAAUCAACGCGUCACCUGGCGUGACCAUUCUGCCCUCAUUGAUGGUCUAGAACAAGGGGUGGAUUUGGUUGGAGGGUAUUAUGAUGCAGGUGAUCAUGUGAAAUUUGGUUUACCAAUGGCAUUUACUGUGACAAUGCUUUCAUGGGGUGCUAUUGAAUACUUACAAGAAAUUGAAGAUGCUGGUGAGUUAGAACAUACACUGGAAGCAAUUAAAUGGGGCACUGAUUAUUUCAUCAAAGCUCACACUAGUCCAAAUGUCUUGUGGGCAGAGGUGGGAGAUGGUGAUACUGAUCAUUAUUGUUGGCAAAGACCAGAGGACAUGACAACAUCAAGAAGAGCAUUCAAGAUUGAUGAAAACAAUCCUGGUUCAGAUCUUGCUGGAGAGACAUCAGCUGCUAUGGCAGCUGCUUCCAUUCUGUUUAAGAAAACAAAUCCUCAUUACUCCCACUUACUUUUACACCAUGCAGAACAGUUGUUUGAGUUUGGGGACAAGUAUAGAGGAAAAUAUGAUGCAAGUGUUGGAGUAGUGAAAAAUUACUAUGCGUCGGUGAGUGGGUACAUGGAUGAGUUGUUAUGGGCUGCCACGUGGCUAUAUAAGGCCACCGACAAAGAAGAGUAUUUAGAGUAUGUAAUUAAAAAUGGUAAUCUCUUUGGUGGAACUGGUUGGUCCAUAACAGAAUUCACCUGGGAUGUUAAAUAUGCUGGUCUUCAACUCUUGGCUUCACAGUUUUUAAGCCAAGCAAAACACAAGAAACAUAGUGAUAUACUUGAACAAUAUAGAUCAAAAGCAGAGUACUACAUAUGUUCAUGUCUCAACAAAAACAUGAAUGGAAGCAAUGUGGAAAGAACUCCAGCUGGAUUACUAUACAUCCGACAAUGGAACAACAUGCAACAUGUUUCAACAGCAUCCUUUUUACUCACAACAUACUCUGAUUUCCUCAAAAACACAAAUCAAAACCUCACAUGUCAUGAAGGCAUAGUGCAGCAUGAAGAAAUUCUAACAUUUGCUAAAUCACAAAUUGAUUACAUUUUGGGCUCAAACCCAAUGAACAUGAGCUACUUAGUGGGCUUUGGGCCUAGUUACCCUAAAAGGGUCCAUCAUAGAGGAGCUUCCAUUAUGUCAUAUAAGGAGAAUAAAGGGUUCAUUGGGUGCACUCAAGGGUAUGAUAAUUGGUAUGGUAGUGAAGAUCCUAAUCCUAAUGUUUUGGUGGGGGCUUUGGUUGGAGGACCUGAUUGGAAAGAUGAUUUUGAAGAUAAAAGGAACAAUUUUAUGCAGACUGAGGCAUGCACAUAUAACACUGCCCCUUUAGUUGGUCUUUUUGCAAAAUUCUUGCAUAUAGAAAAUAAUAAGAUGGUAGAUGAUUGUAAUUCACUUUUGGUGGCUUCUUUUUAA